AUGACGGGAGAGCGCCGAUCGGAGUACACGCGCACUGAAGGGAGCGAGGUCAAACUGCUCCACUUCAUCUACUCCCGUCCCGACCUGGACGAGAUCCGCGGAAAUCCCGGCAAGGUCCUUGACCUCAUCGAGGAGUUCGAAAAGCAGUACUGGUUCCCCAACGUCGGCCGGACCAAGGGCGAAAUUGUCAUCAAGCUCAUCGAGGAGCACCGGCCACGCAAGAUGAUCGAACUCGGCGGCUACGUCGGGUACUCGGCCAUUCUGUUCGGGGACGCCCUGCGGCGCCACGGCGGCGAGCGGUACUACAGCCUCGAGCUGAACCCGGAGUUCGCGGCGGUGGCCAACAGGCUCAUCGAGCUGGCGGGCCUGGGCGACUUCGUGCAGACGAUCGUAGGCCGCAGCGACAAGUCGCUGCACAAGCUCUACACGAGCGGCGAGAUCAGCAAGGUCGAGCUGCUCUUCAUCGAUCACUACAAACCGGCGUACAAGACUGACCUGCAGCUGUGCGAGGAGCUGGGGCUGAUCCAGCCUGGGUCCGUCAUCGCCGCGGACAACGUGCUGUUUCCCGGCAACCCGCCGUAUCUGCAGUACGUCCGCAGCACCGUCUCUGAGAAACGCCAGGCUGCGCAAAAGGCGACCGGGUUCAGCAAGGACGGCUUCUCGGAGAAGACGCUGUCCAAGUACAUGGGCCAGGAUUCCGCUCCCGCUUUCGAGGUAGUGGGAAAUCCGAACAUCGUUUACCAGAGUACUCCUAUCCAACCGGAGGGAGAUCCGGAUGCGAUCGAAGUUACAAAAUGCGUAGCGGUGGAGGAGGAAUCGUGA